AUGAACAACGCUCGGAUGGGGCUCCCUUUGUCUGGUGGAGGCGCAUACUACUUCGCGAAGAAGAGCAUCAACGCCGAUCGGAUGACCAGGCUUGAGGACCAGCGCAGGAAGAAGCAGAUGAUCGAGUCGAUGGAAUACUCCGAGAACGUCCCCAGCAGGCCCCUCUCGUCCGCGACAAUGGGCGGCACCCCGGCCGCCAGCCCUGCCCGCACCGACACGGCUGGCUCUCCCAGCCAGGAGGCUGGCGCCGACCCUGCGCCGACGCGCCAUGCGCCUACGACAGAGGAACAACGAAUCUUCGAGAAGAGCAAGUAUGAGAGCGCCGCGCCAUUCAGGAGUCCGAAGGGAGACAGAUUUUCCUGA